AUGUCAGCACCUGCAGUCAGCUCGACUGAGCCCCCUCCGUUGUCGCUCGAGGUUCUCACUGUUCCCAGCGAGAAGAAGGAUGCCCUCAAGCUCGUGGUAGACAGUGUCGCCCAGCAGCGACAGAUUGCCUCGCGGGCCAUCAUAUUUCACCCUCUGUCUCUGGCUGUCUUUGCAGCUGUUCUUGCUGUUGCGCACUACGCCGCCAAAGUUGGCAACGACUUUAGCUCCAUGCUGAUCACUUACCCAAGCAUCAUCCUCACAUACCUCGUGGCAACUCGUUACCUUUCCAGCGCAUACAUUCGCAUCGCUGAGGACACGGACUGGCUUGGGUGGCUGAAGAACGAGGACGGUGUUGAGGACACCAUCAUUGGUGCCCGCUACGGCAAAGACAUCAUCGCGGCCGUCAUUGUUCGCUUCGACACGACGUCCCGCAAGAAUGGCAACAGAAAAGCCCUCAUCCGGGGAUGGACCACCAAAAACAAGUACCGACGUCGAGGACUCGGUGGAGACAUGCUCCGCGAGACUGUCAAGGUCGCCAAGCAGACGCAGGGCCGAAGCUGUGUCGUCGAGUUUGCCGAUGAUCACGCCAAUAGCAACCUACCUCUUCACACCAUCUUCAAUGCGACGUUCCUCGCACGUCAAGCCCGGGCGAAACAGGCCUUGUCAGCUGCAGUCAAAGACUGGGAGGAGGGAAAGCAGGGCCCGCAGUGA